UGAGAGAAAUAUAUCUACCUCACUAGAAAACAUUUAAUUAUUUAUGUAGUUUGAUGAUACCGGUUGUUUAUGGCUUCGUCUUUCAAGCGCAGUAUUACAAAAAAUAUCUGUAGUUCAAACAAUUCAAUUAUCUCAGCGACCAGGACAGGAAGUAUUCCAUUCAAUUCCAGAUAUCAAACGAAGGUUUACAAUUUGGUUUGCUACAGUAAACACAGCUCAGCAAGCAGCUCAAUCCUUUGGUGGGGGCCACGGGUGUAAUACCCACAAGCCAGACGAGGCAGUCUCUGGUCACGUGACGGGGGUCAUCCGUGAAGUGCAAUGAAUACGCUGCCGGAGCGAUGGCUGCUGUUGCUGCUGCUGUUAGUCCAGCUCGUGCUGGAGGUCCUGGGCCUGGUCGUCAUCGCGCCACUCGUUCUGAUCUCGGUGGUAACUGACGGCCGAUGUUUGUUGUACAUGUCCGCCAAAGACAUGACUGCAUCAGUCAUCCCCUGCAGCUACGUCGUUGCGGUGACAGUGAUGUUGCAGAUCAUCUACUGCACCUUGAGAUCUGUCUUCCUGCUUCUUCAGCUGCUUCGCGUCAUUAACAAGAAUUUACUGCCACUUCGGACUACGGUCAUCACCUGGACCGUCGUCGACCUGCUCUGCCUGCUGCUGAUACUGGCCGCUGCUGGUGUUCUCAGCUCUGGGUUCAACAAGCUCUGCAAUUUCAUCGAUUCCAUGGAGAAUUCUGCUUGUGGCGAAGAAUAUCCGUUUCCAGCUCACACUGAUAUUCUGUGGGAUCGCAAUUAUUAUCAGCGUCUGUCCAUGGCCGAGGUUGCCGCAUGGGUCAGUGUCGUAGUGUGGAUGCUGCUGGUGGGGACUGACAUUCUGAGCUGCUUCGCUCAAGAGAUCCCAGUGUGCGGCUGGUCCUGGAUGAAGUCACAGUCCCCCUCCAAGGUGUACGAGGAGCUGCGGUCGUCGUUUCGCAAGAAAUUUAGUAAGAUGUAGGUCCUUCUCCAUCGUCGUCACCAUCACCAUCACCAUCAACAACAUCAUCAUUGUCGACGUCCUCUUCGCGUGCAGACAGGAUUGGAAGGAAGGAACUGAUUUAGGAUUUUGCCUGCGACUGAUAAUUGUCUUCAUUCUCUCUCUGUGCUCUGUGUUCGAGGUGGAACAUGCUGCAAACUUUUGUCUGCCAAGUGUUCUCAUGCCAGACUUGUAUGGAGUAACUGCUUAACAGUACAGAGAUGAAAGUUUUUUUAAUAGUCAUUUCUUUCAAGUGUCCUUCUAUUUUAAAUCUCAUACUUUCUGCACUGAAAUGCGGCCCUCAAUUUUCUGUUAGUUUAAACAACACUUAACUUAUUCACUUUUUACUUAUGUAUUUUAUUGAUACAUUUGGCUGCUCUGAGAUAUUUUGUUGUCUUAUUUAACUUUUUCAAAAGGAUGUUUUGCUUCAUCAUUUGACAUUUGUCAUCCGUCAUUUUUUGUCCUGAUGACAGCACAUCGUUGUCAUCCCCGUAACUUCAUCUAAUCUGAGAACGAAUUAUUCCUAUGUGAUUAUCUAUCGGUUAACACAAUAAUCUAUCCAAUGCAGCUUUCUGUUGCACGAGGUUUUAAAAAUAUUUAACCGUAGAUAAUCCUUUUAAAAAGAAAUGCAAACUUCACAAGGAAUAAACAGUAAAAAUGCAAAGAAAAUCUCUAUAAACAAAUGUUGGUCUUUACCUUGCUCCAACCGAGAUCGUGCAAAUAUGGAAACAAAAACAAUUUAAGAGAGUGAGAUGUUCACCAAUGAGCGCAUUCAAUGGUUUUAUUAUUGCAAAGAAACACAUUCAUCUCAAGGCAAACAAGACAAACACACUUACACCACGGCAAGAUGAGUGCUGGAAACAAUGAGUUUUUCUGUUUUCUUUACACCUCAUUAAUUUAUCUCAUUUGAAUGUCGAAAGCUUGAGCCACGAUUUUAAUACUCUUUGUAGAAGGUUCUUUAAGGGGUCGAUGCUUUAAUUGAUGUCAGUGUUAACUGCUCAUAUUAUGAGCACCAGUUUGCUAGAAACACCCAUGUUCUGAGUAAUCACGAACGUAAAAUAUAAAGGUUUGGGUUUAUAUGCUCGCUGUUGUGUGGUUUGUAUAUACACGCGAAUGUGUGUGUGUGUGAGAGAGAGAUAUAUAUCAAUGUCACUUAUGAUAAAUAAAAAUAUUUGUUUUCUUCAAUGGC